GGCCUCUAGUAUGAAAGAGGGGCGAAUCGGACAGUGCCACGAGGUCUCUUGUGAGAGAGUUGUGCUCAGGUUGUUGCCUUCAGUGUGGAUCGCUCAUGCUGACAGCUAUACUGUAGAAUUGACGAAUCUCUUGUCAUCAUUGAAGAAUUCUAGACAGGAAGAAGUUGCAUAAGGAUGUCAGUUCUCGGAAAUUGACUUUGUCCAGUUCUUUGUUGGUGAUGGUCCAAGACCACCUAGGGAAAUGAUUUGCAAACUUUCUCAUGGCCUUCCACACGGCACAGUGACGGGAUAGAGACGUAGAAGAGCGAGAACGUUGUGAAGAUGUGAGGUUUGAAAUCAUAUGGGACACCGCAUCGCUUUCUUGAACGAUAGGAAUAAACUCCAACAGUCUACAAGCCGAAAUAUUGAUACCUUGUUGUGAAUUGAGAUGCGCUGAAACUGCGUAAGAAUGGUCUGUAUUUGAUACAAAUCCCUCCGCCCGGAGAAAUCUUGCUUCACGUACAACUGCUGGGUCUUUUACUACCAGGGAUAACACAAUCGAUUCGAACCGACAGCCUGCCACACGGGCUGGGAAAUUGUGCAUCAACAGAGUUUUAGGGAAGCACCAUGGAUCUGAACAGGACAUGCGGGAAUUUCAGCUGUAAUGGCACGGAAAACAACUCCCAGUUUGUGGAUAUAGAAAAGUUGUUAAGUGAUUCACUGGGUGAACGACGAAGGGAUUUACCAUCGGCUGUGGUUUUGACAGUUGUGUACAGUUUGGUUUUUAUAACAGGAACUAUUGGGAAUGUCUGUACCUGUGUUGUCAUUGCCAAGAAUUCUUAUAUGCACACAACCACCAACUACUACCUCUUUAGUCUGGCCGUCUCGGAUCUUCUUAUGAUCUUAUCUUGCCUGCCUCCAGAACUUUACCAGAUAUGGGAAGCCUAUCCUUGGAUAUUCGGGGAGCCUUUCUGCAUUGUGAAAAUUUUGUUGACAGAAAUGACGUCAUACGCGUCAGUGUUGACGAUCACGACUUUCACGAUCGAACGUUACAUCGCUAUUUGCCACCCACUGUUGGCACACAAGAUGGCGGACACACGCCGUGCGAUAAAAAUUAUCAUCUGCGUGUGGGUUAACCGCAUUCUGUUCGCCUUGCCGUAUCCCAUCCACACCCGGACCUCUUAUUACGUGUCCCAUCCUGUGACUGGGGAACCUGUGAAGGACUCUCUGACCUGCACAAUUCCUCUUAAAUGGAGACAGGACAUGACGGUGAUGUUUCAGAUUUCCUCUUUCUUGUUUUUUGUGACACCUAUGGCAAUAAUCACAGUGCUGUACAUCCUGAUAGGAAUAACCAUCGGGAGAUCCGGGCUUUCCCGUGGAGCUUCAGAAGAGUCGUGUCAGGGCCGCCCCAGGGGCACUGCCCAGUCAACUCCCAGAAGAGCCGUUCUCAAAAUGUUAGUGGCUGUCGUUGUGGCAUUCUUCGUCUGCUGGGCACCGUUUCACGCACAGAGAUUUAUGACGUUGUACGUGAAGGACUGGACGAAGACUCUCCUGGAGGUUCAGAGCCAACUGUUUUACGUCUCGGGUCUUCUUCUGUACGUGAGCUCUACGGUUAAUCCCAUUCUCUACAAUCUCAUGUCAAAGAGAUACAGACAGGCAUUCAGAGAAACACUGUGUUGUUGUAUUGGACAGAAGAACCCAAGACGGUUUUCUUUUGGAAACAGCCACACUGAACAAACAGUGAACAACGGUCUUCGGACUGUCAGGUUCCUAAGCGCUGACAAGUCACAGACAAAACCAGUGUACGGUUCUAAUCGUCUCCAAGUACCGGGAAAGAGUGAUAGUUGUUUACAGGAGCGGCUACUAAGCGGUGUCUCCAAGGCUUCUCCUGACGACCAAAAUGGCUGUGUACUCGGUUGUAAAAAAACGUCGGACCCAAACGGAAGAUUGCUAGGCAGAAAUGAAUUGUCCAUAAACAAAAACGGCCAUAGUUCAGGGGAAGUCUGCCUCUCGCCUAUCACCAGUGAUAAUUCUCGUCAACAGUUGUUGGCAGAAGAAUGCCAUCACGACAACACACCACUGUGAUACACUGUUGUUUCCGCCAACUGAUCAGCUGGGUCGUUGUUGUAGCUUUAUGUCCCUAAUCCGUCACAGACAAGGCUGGGGGCAUUGCCACAAGACUGCUCGCAGAACAUUGCCAGGCAAAACCCCUUUAUCCGUUUUCAAGAGCAGUACACCCAAACAUUGAAACUUGCCUGAAUCCCUGCUACCGUUAUAUGUGAUAUGUUGACACAUACUUUCUCUAUUCCAAACAUUUUAUUGAAUCUUCUGCAUUCUACUUUAAAAACGACUUACCCAUAUCUGGUACCCAUGAGUGGUGUUGAGUUUUAAUGGAGGCUCAUGUCAUUGACUGUGAAUACAUGAAUAUUUUAUUUUGUCACAAAAUUCCGCCUUCGAGUCCUCUUCAUAAUAAAUAAUAUAAUAAUAAAAAACCAAAUAACUGUA